UUUUAUUUAUUUAUCUUUUCUUUUUCUUUUUAGUUUUAUUCCUUGUUUAUUUUCACUUAUUUUUGCUUUCAUAUCUUUUGCCUUUGAUACUACUGGAAACUAUUGUUGGUUUACAAAAGUUACUUUUACAGCUGUCAAUCAAUUAGACAUUCUCUUUCUUUAUGUAAUACCACAAACCUGUUGUCUUCUCUUCAAUGUUAUUAUGGUUUGCUAUGUGUUGUUCACAAAGUCCAGUUCAACUCAUAUAUGUUAUGUCCUCUAUCCUUUGGUUCCUCUUAUCCAUCAAUUAGGCACCAUCUCUGCUCAAGUUACUUUUUACAUAAAUAACAGAGAAAAUAGUAUUUUAUCUCAAUGGGCAUCACUUUCCAAUGGUAUUUGUGGAUUUUUACUCUUACUAGUGUUUUUGAUGGAUCCUAUCUUUUGGCAUUUUAUCAGGUCUUUUUGGUCAAAAUCUACUUUGGAAAACAAACAUGAUGAGGAAGAAAUGGGUAUUACAAUCUUUGAUAAAAAUGAUAGCAAGCAAAAUCAGGAAGAUGGAUAUACCAAAUCAAGCUCUAUGACUUCUUCAUUAACAACUCAGACAAAUACCUCGGAUGGUCCUACCAAACCUGUUGCAGCUUUUACUUCUACAGCAACGAAAAACUUGACACCUAUUGAGAUUGAAAACACAACAUAUCGACGUUCUUAUCAACCAUCGUUAUCUCCUGAGAUGCCAAACAUUUUCUUUCCUCCUCCUCCAUCACCAACUCAUACAAGGAAUCAUCCAACUUCCCUUGAACUUGAAGAAAGAGACUUUAUCGACAUGUUAAAACCAGCACCUUUAUUACAAUUGGAUACAGCAACGGAUCAUACGACUUUACUCUCACCAGUCAUCAUGAUGCCCAUCUGCUAUGAAAUGGAAGAUGCUGUCCCAUGGCGUGUUCUAGAAGCUGAUGAUGAAGAUGAAGAAGGAAAUGAUACUGAACAUAACAACGACAUGAACUCUCCACCCACCACACCUCAUCAUCAACAGAUCAAUGGAUCAAGAAUCUCAAGUUGUCCAAGGGUAUCGACAGUCUCCUCUUCACCAUCUUAUAGAAAAGAAAGUUGGUUAUCCCUUUAUGAUGACGACGACAAUGGAAGAUACAGUGAAGAAAUGGAUCGGAAGCAACAGCAUCUUUCUGAGGAUGAUAGGAUCUAUAGCACUUCUUCUUCAUCUCAAUAUACAGUCUCUGAAUGGUUAGCGAAACGUGGGGAUUCUCUGGAUGGUGUACGCGAACAAGUAGGUCGAACUUCCAAAAGCAUUCGACGUUGGUGCCGAAAUGUCAAUCGACAACAAGAAGAUACUUUCAACGACAAGUAUGAUGAUCUCCCAAGACAGAUGUUACACGUGGUACCUGAAGAACAACAAAAGUGAUCAUCCCCAGU